AGCAAACCAUCACACUCUAUACAGGGGGAGAAGAGGAACGGCAGAGGGACCAUGCAUGUAAACACCCUCUCGCUCUUCGCUAUUUGGGGAAUAGCCUUAAGCACAAGAGGAAAUGUACACAGCCAGCCCAUGGAAACCUUUGCCUACACCAUGAGAGAGGAAGAUGUAGUGUAUCGGGCUGCUGUGUUGGAGUACAGAGCUUUUGAUGAUAUGGCGGGAGGAGGGUUGGCUGUGCUGAGAGAGAAUGCAAGGGUGUUCGUCGAGUUCGCUGAGGCAGCCAAGCAACAGGGUGCAGACAUCAUGGUUUUCCCCGAAUAUGGCCUGACUGGCACGGCGUCAGGCAGCCUCGAGGAAUUCAUGAGCAAAACGCAAGCUCUGCCCGACCCAGGCACGGGCACUGUCCUUUGCAACAGCACCGAUACGUCUGAGGCUAUCGAGGCAGUCCGCGCGCUGAGUUGUGCGGCGGCGGAGCUCGGCAUGUACCUCGUCGUGAACCUCGCUGAGCAGGUGCCUUGUGAUGAACCGCAGAUGAACCCGUUUGAACACCUGAAGGGGUUCGCUUCCGAGUCGACGAGGGGCGUUGGGGAGGAGCUCUUAGGAGGUGGAGGAGGAGGUGGAGGAAGAGGAGGUGGGGGUGGAGGAGAUGGAGGAAGGAGAGGUCCUAGAAAGGAAGGAAGAGGGGGAGAGAGAGAUUCUGAAGAAGGAGAAGGUGAAGAAAAAAAAGAUCUUAGAAAAGAAGAGACAGAUCCUAGCGAAGGAGGAAGAAGAGAGCCUAAUAAAGAAGUAAAUAUCGAUCCUAAACACAGAGAAAAGACGAGAGACCUUGGAGAAGGAGAAGCAACGAGAGAUCCUGAAGGAGGCGACGGAGGAGCGCCUCGCGAAUGCCUCGACUCGGGUUUUUACGUCUUCAAUACGGAGGUCGUGUUCGAUCGCGAGGGCGUCGUCGUGGCCAAAUACCAUAAGAAGUCCCUCUACCUCGAGCCAGGCUUCACUCCGGGCUCACAGGACGAUAGGGAAGCCAUCUUCACUACCGAUUUCGGGGUCACGUUUAGUUUGCAGGUGUGUUUUGACAUCCUCUACGGCGGACCAGGAACAAGCAACGUGGUCGAACGAGGGGUGACCGACGUCAUAAUGAGCAGUUACUGGGUGGAUGAGCUGCCUUUUCUUACCGCUCCUCAGAUGUGGCAGAGCUGGAGCGAGGGCCUGGCCGUCAAUCUGAUGGUCGCCAACUUCCACGGCCCGGAGGAGGGGGCUCUCGGCUCGGGCAUAUUCCGCGGUCUGACUUCGCAAGACAGCCUCUACACAUACGACCCCAACAGCGGGACUAAGCUUCUGGUUGGGGAGGUCGUGAGUCGUCGCACCACGCCGCUGCCGACACCGACUGGCCACAGCGACGACGCUACGACGUCCAAGGGAACGGCAAGGAUGGACAGUGAUGCCACGGUGAUUCAGUCUCCUUCCCAAGCAGUACCUGUGGGAGAGGAAGUUGCCUUGGGCAUUCUCCAGGAAACGGGUUGGAUCCCUACUGAUAACGGGGAGGAUGUUGAGACGGAAGAGCAGAAAGGCCAACCCGAGGCAGAAGGAAGGGAAAUCCGCACUGAUCGCGUCUUUUUACACGAAGACCUUGACCGGUAUUCAAAUUACGCGCUUGAGAGAGGGGACGGCGUGAUGAAGAGGAGUCUUUGUCACAACGACAGUCUCUGUUGCUCUGUGACGUACUCCUUCCCCGCCGAUCCCACCGACGAGUCUUCCUUCCUGCUCCUUGCGUACAGUGGCGUGGCGGAGAAAGGAGAUGGGGCGUACUUGCUAUUUACGCAAGUCUGCGCUGUCGUUUACUGCUUGAACGAAAACGUGACGUCGUGCGCACGCAUCGAAGAAAACGGGGCUCCACAGAAAACGUCUUUCCGCGCUCACAACAUCACGGGGGACUUCGAUACUUCUUACAUAUACCCUUCCGUCUUCACCCAAGAACUCAAGCUCGUCGACACAUCUCUGUGGGACUUCGAGUCUUCGGUUUCAAGUGAGAAGAUGGUGAAGAGUACACUGGUUUUGCACGAGGAUGUAGAUUACCUUCUAUCACUUAGACUCUUUGGUCGCUGGUUCGAUAGGGACCCUUAGUAUAUUGGUUUGGUUUACACGACUUGAUUUAUGUCUCAUGCAUGUAUGAUCACUUAUGUACUCGUGUCGAAGCAGAACAGAAAUAUAAAAGGCAAAUAAAAUAACAUUCAGUAUAGUUC